CAUAUGGAAGAGAGACGUUGUACAAGGAAGGAUGAAAGUCAAUACAGAGAAAACUUAAGACAGGUACCAAAUCAUAAUGAGAAGAAGGCAACUCCUACUGAGAUAAAGCAACCUAAAUCCAGGUUGUGUAGGCAAAUCUUCAUGCGUUAUUUAUCCUUGAAUAACCACCUGAGCUCUCACAUUGGACUCAAACUACACCUGUGUCAGGAAUAUGAAGAAAACCCUUUUAAUUGUAAGGAAUCUACGAAAGCUUUCAAGCAUCACCAACAUAUUCAAAGCCAUGAAGGCAGACCCAGUGGGAAAGCUUUCCACUAUUCAGAUUCCCUUAGAAAUCAUGAAAAAAUGCAUAUUCCUAGGAAACCGAAUCAGUGUAAGCAAUAUGGGAAAGUCUUUAUUUGUCUCAGUUACUUUAAACUUCACAAAAACACUCAUAGCAGAGAGAAACCAUAUCAAAGUAAGCAACGUGGCAAAGUUUUCAGUUCGCCUAAGUACUCUGGAGAAAAUGAGAGAGCACACACUGCAGAAAAGCCCUAUCAAUGUCAGAAAUCUGGGAAAGCUUUCAGUUCCACUUGUCUAAGAAAUCAUGAAAGAACACAUACAGGCGAGAAACCUUAUGAAUAUAAGGAAUGUGAGGAAGCCUUCAUUUCUCCCAGCUCUCUUGGAACACAUAAAAGAAUUCAUGACAGAAAGAAGCCUCAUGAAUGUAAGGAAUGUGGUAAAAUUUUCUCUUAUCCAAGUGACCUCCGAUAUCAUGAAAGAACUCAUACUAAGGAAAAACCCUAUCAAUGUGACCAUUGUGAUAAAGCUUUCUCUUAUCGAAGUUCCCUCCGACAUCAUGAAAGAACUCAUGAGGAAAAACCCUAUGAAUGUAAGCAAUGUGGGAAAUCUUUCAGACAUUCCACUUUUCUUAGAUAUCAUGAAAGAAUGCACACUGGGGAGAAACCCUAUGAAUGUAAGCAGUGUGGGAAAGCCUUCAGUUCUCUCAGCUCUCUUGCAAAACAUGAAAAAAAUCAUGAUGGAAAUAAGCCUCAUGAAUGUAAGGAAUGUGGUAAAACUUUCUCUUAUCCAAGUGACCUCCGAUAUCAUGAAAGAAUUCAUAAUAAGGAAAAACCAUAUAAAUGUGACCAUUGUGAUAAAGCUUUCUCUUAUCGAAGUUCCCUCCGACAUCAUGAAAGAACUCAUAAUAAGGAAAAACCCUAUGAAUGUAAGCAAUGUGGGAAAGCCUUCAGUUUUCUCACCUCUCUUGGAAAACAUGAAAAAAAUCAUGAUGGAAAGAAACCUCAUGAAUGUAAGGAAUGUGGUAAAACUUUCUCUUAUCCAAGUGACCUCCGAUAUCAUGAAAGAAUUCAUAAUAAGGAAAAAACCCUAUGAAUCUAAGGAAUGUGGUAAAGCUUUAUCUUAUCCAAGUUCCGUCCAAUAUCAUGAAAGAACUCAUAAUAAGGAAAAACCCUAUUAAUGUAAGCCAUAGGGGAAACCCUUUAUUCAUCCGAGUUACCUUAAAAUCCACAAAAACACUUAUAGUGGGGAGAAGUCAUAAUGAAUGAAAGAACUCAUAAGUGCUAUAUGUAAAGAUUGUAGAAAAGCCUUUGAUCAUCCUAUUUUUUUUUCUUUUUUUAACCCUCACCUGAGGACAUUUUUCCUUUGAGAGUGGAAAUUAGAGAAAAAGAGCAAUAUUGAUGUGAGAGAAACACAUCAAUUGGUUGCCUCCUGCACACACUUAGACAUGAAAGCACACACAGUGGAGAAAAGCUCUAUGAAUGUAAGGGAUGCGGUAAAGCUUUUCGUUUAUCCAAAACUCUUAGAAAGCAUGGAAGAACACAUACUGUGGAAAAACCUUAUGAUGUAAGCAAUGUGGGAGAACCUUCAGCUUUGUUACACAUCUUGGAAGACAUUAUUGAAGACAUGAUGGAAAGAAGCCUAAUGAGCUGGCCUCGCCUGGAGCACGGCAUUGCAGGAGGAGGCACUAGGGUGGGGGGGUGUCCUGUCCAGCCGGCUUCUGCCUUAUUUUCUCAGGUGUGCUCCAGGGUGGGCUGCUGGGUGGUGGCUACUGAGGUGCCAGAGCCCAUAGAGGUGCCCAGCCCACAUGCAGAGCACAUCUGCUCCCGGAACUGAGUGCUUCACCUGACGUGCACCUGGCUUCACAGUCCUGGCUCUGUGUGCAUCCAGCUGGGGCACAUGGGGCAAAUCUCCCCUUCUUGCAGGUCUCCUGCCUCAGCUCUGAAGGGCUGUGGUACCUGGAGCACUGCAACAGGCAGGCCAGCCGCCAGCAUCCCAUUGACAGACCUGUGGCUAUCAUCACCGGGAA